GUAGAGCAGGAACAUGUAGUUUACCAGAAAGCUUUAUAUAGCAGGCUGGUAGCUGGAGUCGCUACACUGUUGGAGCUGCUGCUGGAACAUGGGAACAAAACAGACUCACCUGUGUGCAGCUGGGCUGGUGAGCUUUCUGCUGAGGGCGGCCCUGCUCUCCGUCCUGCUGUGCGACCCGCAGACGGUGCUGUCGGAAUCGGACGAGGUGGUAAUGACUGAGUGGGAGAUCUGGAAAAGCAGCCAUGGCAUAAGCUACGAUGAAUCGGACAACAUGCAGCGGAGGGCCAUCUGGGAGGACAACAAGCGCAAGAUUGAAGACCACAACCAAGGCUUUCUGAUGGGGAGGAUGUCCUUUGCUAUGGCCAUGAAUAAAUAUGGAGACCUUACAAGGCAGGAAUACCAAAAUCUGCAGGGAGCCAUGAUCAACGUCCAGUUUGUGCCGAGAGGAAGGGAGGUUUCAGCUCGAAGACUGCGCUAUAACGCUAAGAAACUAGACGCUGCGGUGGUUGACUACAGGAGCAUGGGCUAUGUCACUGAGGUGAAAGACCAGGGCUAUUGCGGCUCGUGCUGGGCUUUCAGCACCACAGGGGCGAUAGAGGGACAACUGUACAAGAAAUCGGGUCAGCUGGUGUCUUUGAGCGAGCAGAACCUGGUGGACUGCUCCAGAUCAUACGGCACCCACGGGUGCAGUGGCGCCUGGAUGGCCAACGCCUACGACUACGUGAUCAGCAACGGUCUGCAGGCGACAGACACCUAUCCGUACACCUCCGUGGACUCGCAGCCCUGUUUCUACGACAGCAGGCUUGCAGUGGCUCAUAUCAGAGACUACAGGUUCAUUCCCAAAGGAGACGAGCAGGCGCUGGCCGACGCCGUGGCAACCAUCGGGCCAAUUACAGUGGCUGUGGAUGCUGAUCAUGCAAGCUUCCUCUUCUACAGCUCAGGAAUUUACAACGAGCCCAGCUGUAACCCCGACCACCUGAGCCACGCAGUGCUGCUGGUCGGCUACGGCUCUGAGGAAGGACAAGACUACUGGAUCAUCAAAAACAGUUGGGGAACCAGCUGGGGUGAGGGCGGAUACAUGCGGAUGGCCCGGAACGGCGGCAACAUUUGUGGCAUUGCAAGCUAUGCUUUGUACCCAAUUUUAUGAUUACAAGAACCCUAGAAACAGAUCAUUCUAAACUAUAAGCAACAUUUUUAAUUUUUAUAUAUAUAUAUUCUUAAGAUACAUAGCUUGUGAACCUGUCUGACAUAACAGGCUCUCAUAGGGAAUACAUUACCUCUCUCAGGGAUGUAGAAGAAAUUAUUCUUCGGGUGUAGAUUCUCAACUAUCCAGACAUUUCUGUUUGUACAACUUGUUAAAAAAAUAAAAAUAAAAUAAAACUGAAAAUUUAAAUAAAAUUUGGAUAUUUAAUCUUGGACAGAGUUGGGAACAUUCAUUAAAGUCAUUUUAUGCACAUGGGGGAAACAUCAGCCCCUAACGUCUGUCUCUUGUUUUCAACGGGAAAAUCUCCAACCAUCAUUAAUUAUCGGGUCUGAUGAAUGCAGCGACAACCUUGGUGGACAAACUGAUCAUUGGCACAUUUUGAGGUGAGCUAUGAAACCAGCAGAUGCUUGUUUUUCCUCUGUAGUUUCUCUAAACCUAAACAACAAAGUCUCCCCUUCUCCCUCAUCCACAAGCUGUUUGAAUAGGAGAGUCGACAUCUGAAGAAUCCCUGAAAAAGCAUCAAACUUUUUCAGAGAUGUAAUAGAUGUUGAACAUAGUUGUCCAUUUUAACUUCUAUAAAGCCCUGGAAACAUUUUACGAACAUUCAAACUAACCACUAAUCAAAAUGCUGUGGAGUUAAGAUUCAAUGAAAAAUAAAACAAUUUAAAAAAAGAGUUCAGACAUAGAAUUGGUGACAGUUUGUUCAAUGAACCAGAUGAGAAUGGAGACUAAAAGCUCAAAAGCUGUCAAGAUGAAAACUUGAAGUUUUGUCUACAUGUGAUUCAGAUUUUGUUCCUCAAGUGACUUUCAUUUAGUUUACUUGGGGCUAAAAAUGUACAAAUAAAAACAUUGCUUUGGGUUAAAGAAGAACAACUAGCCAACCCCAAAAAAUGUCUUCUGGCAGAGCAAGUACUAAAAAUGUAGCAUGCAAACAACAUAUUGCCCAACUCCACAAAAACACUAACUUCUAGUGUGCAAUUUCAUUGGCAUGUUAGCUCGCUAGAAACAGAAGUAAUUUUUUCUCCCAGCUUGAAUAACAUUUGCUUUGAUAAAAUUAACAAUUAUACUAACCAGCCAACUCAAAUUAGUGGUAAAAAUAGCCUCCUGGCAUUUGCGUUGUGAUAAUAGAGCAAGUACUAAAUAUUUAGCAUGUAAAAACAUUUUCUCCAACUCCAAAACACAGCUACCUCUACUCAAAUUAGCAUGUUAGCUCACUAGCUACGUUUCCUUUUGCAGCUUGAUUUAAAUUUGCUUUAAUAAAAAUUAUAAAUUUUCAUAAAUGUGUUUGCAUGGUAAAAACGAUAUUUUACAGAGAUAUAUUAUCCAAUGUUUACAAAUUUUACUCGAAUAUUGUCCCACAAUUGCAACAUUUUUGUUCUGCACGCAUGGCUAAUUUGAGGGAUAACGUGAUUUUAUUAUGACCAAGUUUAAUGACUAAAACUGAGUUCAAGACUGGCACAUAAUAUAAACGGCUAAAAUUGCUAAAUGUUUUGACUUCACAUCUGUAGCUUUUUAUUUAUUUAUUUUUUAAAACGCUUCCAGGAUAAUUGUUUUUUUAAACUAAUUUAUAUUUAAUUUUUUCCCACCUGCUGACCACCUGGCAAAGAAUCGGUCCUCAUCUUAGCGUCUCUCCUGCUUUCAUUACACUUCAUACUAGUUCUUCAUUAUUGAACACUUCCAAGCCUGCAAGUGUGACCACCCCUCGGUGAACUUUGAACCUAAGCUUACUGUCUUAGCCAAAAGGCUGAGAAGCUGU